AUGCAAAGACGUUCAACAUUAGAUAAAAGUUCAAAUAAUUUAUUUGAAAAUAUUGAACAAUUAGGUGCACUUGAUUUAUUCUCUUGUGGACAACUUUCAUAUGAUACUAUAUUAACAUCAAUUCAAAGUAAUAAUACAUUGCCAUUACCAGUUAAUGUGAUGAAUAUUUUCGUACAUGCUUUGACAAUAUCAUUAAUAAGUUAUUAUUUAUGUAAAUCUGGUAUAUUACUUGAACAAACAACAAAAGAAUAUUUAAUGAAUUAUAUAUACAUUUAA